AUGAUCGUGUCGCUACGGUCAUCACUGGCCGCGAGCGCGCUGCUUAUAUACUCGAUAUCCGCGCAGACAGAUCCACAAUUAACGGGAACAUGGACCACCAAAUCGAGGAGCGUCAUCACUGGACCAGGAUUCUACGACCCAGUGAACGAGAAAAUCUUUGAGCCUGCUCUGACAGGCUUUUCAUAUUCCUUUACCGAUGAUGGCCAUUACGAGGAGGCGUACUACAGAGCCAUUUCAAAUCGUGCGUCGUUGAUCGCCCACCCCAGCUCAGUUGAUGCAAGCUCUAACUACUCUCUAGCUGGCGACCCUUCGUGCCCGCAAGGCAUCAUACAAUGGCAGCACGGCACAUAUGCGAAAAAUGCAAAUGGCUCUCUCACCCUGACACCAUUUGGAGUCGAUGGUCGCCAAUUGCUUUCAGAUCCCUGCAACAAUGCCAAUGCCAUAUUCACCCGCUACAAUCAAUUCGAACUCUUCAAGGACUACGAAGUUGUCGUAGAUGGUUAUAGUAAAGCUCAGCGCCUCAAUCUUUUUGCAUCCGAUGGCUCCCCUCUCAACCCCAUGUAUCUCGCCUACAAUCCACCGGAAAUGCUACCGACUCAGACCUUGAACCCCACGGCUAGUGCUUCCGGCGCUGGAGCUACAUCCACAGGGAAAGCAAAGCGGACUCUCGAAGAUAUGGAUAGUUUCGUCGAGCCUUUGAACAAGAGCGUUCUGAGGAAACGGAGAGAGCCUGUCAAUGCUGAUAAAUGGUGGUGGAUGGGUGUAGGUAUGACGGCUUUGGGGGGCAUAGGAUACUAUUGUUUUUGA